AAAUUUACUGGUGUGUAACCGGAACGGUACGACAGAGACUAAUCGAUUGACCGGAAACGAAUGCAGAUAAUCGGCAGUCAUACUGUAGCUUUACAUCUGGACGGACGUCUACUUUUGUAUCGGUGUUCAUCCUAUGUGUUUUGUGUCUACGUUCCUGGCCUGAGGGAUCCGGGAACAGAUACAGCUUUAUUUCAGCCAGUGCACGAGUUCUUGCACCCGGAGGUAUCUGGCCUUGAGGGUACAGAGGAGACGUGCAUUGCGGUCAAGCAGUUGCAGUGAGCAGAGAGACUAUCGGUUCUCCGGCAACGCUGGGGAUUGCGCAUAACCUGCAUCAUACUUUAACGGCAGUGUCUGGUUGAGUGGAGGUUAUAGGUGUUAGAAAUCAAGAUUCUUAAAACUACCCUGUGUGGCUGCUGAGAAUGUCAUCUUCCUCCAAGCUUGAGGUUUAAUGCAAGCUGAAAGUGACCGGAGACCGCUGGUUACGACAUGACUUUUCAACAGGGUUUAUCAGACAUAAUUGUGUUCAUGUUCUCCAGUUACAUCCGAAGCAAUUGGAGGACAAAAAUUCCUUCAUACGUUGUUAUCCCUAUUUGUACUCACAAUAUGGGUUCAAAACCAAAAAUGAAGGGAAGAGGAGGAGAAAUAGCAUGGGGUCAUUAGGAAGAAUGGCGUCCGGCGAAAGCUGGAAGUUGAGAAGCCUCCUAUAGGUAGUCAUGUACCAUGGCCAGCUGGACGACUGAGUACUUUCUCGGGUCUACUGUUCGGCUUGGUACCCUGCUGGACUUUGCCCAUAAGCAUGACUUAGGAAUCAACGCGGAGGUGUCUCUAUCUGAAGUAGAUAGACAGUGGUUGUCCGAGUUCGCCCGUCAAUCAGGAUGGCCGGAAGUGGACUUCGACAUUCAACGUCUGAACUCGCAGGCUCUUCUUGCCCAUUGGCGUGUCCUUGUCGGUCUACUGAAACACAUUCCAAGGGAUCGACAAGUUUACUUCUUCAACCUGGACAAUCAGCGUACCUCUAGUACCGUCCCGGCUGUGGCUGGGUUACAUGUUCAAAGCCCUGACGUGGAGCAUCCAAGUACCCCGACACCCCCGGUUGUGGCAGUGACGGAACCUGCAGGAAGUGGAACGGUUCAUGCUGUUUCUAAUGUACGGAACAUGUCUGUUAGGGAGUAUCUGGCAGUAUCCGGACAGGCAAACCUUUCGUUGGCUUGGGGGAACACAUCCCAGGCGUCAGGGCGACCAGUAACGACCAGGAUUUCGGCCUUCGAUUCUCAUUUUCACCUGGACCGGUCUCUAGUGAAAUUGGUUAUGCCGUAUUACUCAGAUAUCCGGACCAUUCUGGAUGCAGAUGUAGGGAUCAGACCCCAAGUUGAAGUGGAUGUGGUAGGAGGUGUCCUGAUCUAUUGUGACCCCGAAAUGAACCAGCAGAUACUUGGGGGCUACAGGAGGAAGUUCUGA